UAAAUCACAGGCUGGGAUACAGCUCUUGGUGGGAUCUCCUUCUUGUCUGGUAAAGGAACUGAAGAGAGGAAGAAGAUAAACACGCUUGGAAGCAUUUCAAGGGACAUGCUCGGGGCAGCGGAGGAGAACAACAAGUCUGUUUUUUAGUCCGCAAGGAACCGGCAACUGGAUCGUUCCUUUCCUCCUCCCUUCAUCCUUCUUGUCUUCUAUCCUUGCUUUCCUCCUCUCUCUUCAAUUACCUCCAUUGUUUCUCCUGUAUCUUCCCUAUGCCCUUUCCCUACCUCUCUGGAUCACCUUGUAUUUGUGGAUGGACUCAAGUGAAGAAUGGUUUAAAAGAAGUACGAGACGACUAGACUGGCUAAAAGUGUACCCCCAAAUCCUGCCAUACUAACCAUCACUGUGUGCAUUCUUGUCACAGUACUCUUUCACACCAGCAAGAAGAAGAAGGAUUUUUGUUCGGCAUCCUCUCUGCUCUUGAAGGAUCCAGGCCAGCCAGUCCUCCAGCUUCCGAAUCUCCAGCAUCCAGGAUCUUCAAGAGGAUUCCAGCUACAUGGGAAAACGUUUGGAACAGCAGCCAAUGUACCCCCACUACACCUACUACUACCCCCACUAUCUCCAGACCAAGUCCUAUGCUCCUCCCCCGCCGCCCAUGGCUCCACCCAGCCCUGGUACCACAGGAGGAGGAGGUGGUGGAGGUCAAGGAGGAGGGCUAGUGGAGCAGCUUAGUAAGACUAACCUGUACAUCAGAGGCCUCCCCCCGGGCACCACGGACCAAGACCUCAUCAAACUGUGCCAGCCAUAUGGGAAGAUUGUAUCAACAAAGGCCAUCCUCGACAAGAACACAAAUCAGUGCAAAGGUUAUGGCUUUGUGGACUUCGACAGCCCCGCAGCGGCGCAGAAGGCGGUGGCCUCACUCAAAGCCAGUGGAGUCCAAGCACAGAUGGCCAAGCAACAAGAGCAAGACCCCACAAACCUGUACAUCUCAAACCUGCCUGUGUCCAUGGAUGAGCAGGAGCUGGAGAACAUGCUGAAGCCUUUUGGUCAUGUGAUCUCUACGCGAAUACUCCGAGACGCCAACGGUCUCAGCAGAGGGGUCGGCUUUGCAAGGAUGGAGUCGACGGAGAAGUGCGAUGUGGUGAUUCAGAAUUUCAAUGGGAAAUUCCUGAAAACUCCUCCAGGCAUGACAGCCCCUGCAGAGCCACUGCUGUGUAAGUUUGCUGACGGAGGCCAGAAGAAGAGACAGACCCAGGUCAAAUAUCCCCAGAAUGGCCGACCGUGGACAAGGGAUGGAGAGAGUGGCAUGGCACUGACGUAUGAUCCUUCUGCAAUUCAGAAUGGGUUCUACUCGUCGCCGUACAGCAUCUCCACCAACCGGAUGAUAGCGCAGACAUCAAUCUCGCCGUUCAUUGCUGCCUCUCCUGUCUCCACAUAUCAGGUCCAAAGUACAUCUUGGAUGCCACAUCAACAGUAUGUUAUGCAACCCACAGGUGCUGUGAUCACUCCGGCAGCAGCCAUCGAGCCCAGUCUGUCCCUGCACCCGUCCAGUGUAAUGGCUCCGCUCAUGCAGCAGAUGAACCACUUGUCUCUGGGCACUUCGGGAAAUUACAUGCCUGCUGCAGCCACUGCCCCUAUGCAAGGAACCUACAUUCCCCAGUACACUGCAGUGCCUGCCUCUGCCAUCACAGUGGAAGGCGUGGUGACAGAGGCCUCUCCCCAGACAGCUCCCUCUUCACAGAACGCCAGCGGACAGCAGCCUUUAUCAGUGGAGAGCACGGGGGACCACACCACAGCCUAUUCUUACCAGCAGACUAAAUAAGUUGAGGCUGGUGAGGCUCAUUGCUGCAUUGCCCUCAGAAGGACUGCACUGCACUGGUGACCAGGGGAAUCAAAAAGAAACAGUGACAAGGACAAUGUUGAGAGGAGAAUGCUUCCACUGUGCACAAACACAAGACAAAAAUGAAGAAAAAAAUGUUUCUUAUUUGAAGAAAAUUUAGGAAAAAAGAAACUGUUUGCUGAACUGUUGAACUUUGCAACUUUUUAUCAUUUCUCAUCAAGAGACUUUGGAUGUUGCCUCUAUGAGAAGACAACUUCACUAGAAUCUGUACAGAAAAAAACGAACAUUUGAAUGUCCAGGUAGAUUUUCAAGACUUUUUUAUUAAAUUCAAGAAAAAAUGGAAAGGGGACACAGGCAGCAGUCUAGAAAAACAAAGGUCGUCUUCCUUUCAUAUGAAGCUGCAUCAUCGUUUUUAUGAUUUGAGUAGUUUUUUAGAAUAUCAAUGUUUUGGUAAAUCUUUAUUGCCUUAAUUUUCUGAAAUGCUGGGAACAAGAGGUUUCCCUUUUUUGUGUUUGACAAAAACAGUAUGAUUAAAGAAGAGCAGCGAAAAGCUGACUGUACAGGCAAAAAGGAUGUGUUUGUAAAGAGGACUUUUAAAAUUUAAGAAAAUCUGGGGAAGAGUGCUGCUUCCUGCAACUUCAUGGACAUGUGUUAUUUCCCAUGCCAUUUGUGCUUGCUUUUGUCAUCCUUUGCUUGCCGUACCUUAAAACAUUUUGCUUUGCCUGCAUUUUACGUGACAAGCAUUUUUCACUAAAAGCCGAAAAAACAGCUAGGAUUUUUCAAUGUGCAAAAAAGCAAUAGUUCUAGUAGAGGCUGAUCAAGUGCAGCCUACAGGUGGCAUAUUUUAUACCAAAGACAAAGAAGCUAGACAUUGAAGAGCUCUUCCUUAUUUGCUUUUUCACUUGUUUUUAUGUUAUUCUGUUGUGGGAGAUAUCUAGGGACAUGCAGUAGGUCUUAAUAUACAAAUGCCUCAAGAUGUUUUCAUGCAAUCAGAUGUAAGCUGGUAUUGUCUGAAAAUAGUAGAAAAAAGUU